AUGAGAACAUCUGUUCACGUCUCAAUCAUGUUCCUCCUUAUAACUUUUUCUGACUGUGCUGUGAUUACAGGGGCCUGUGAGCGAGAUGUUCAGUGCGGGGCGGGGACGUGCUGCGCCAUCAGCCUGUGGCUGCGUGGGCUGCGGAUGUGUACCCCACUGGGGCGGGAAGGAGAGCUGUGUCACCCUGGCAGCCACAAGGUCCCCUUUUUCAGAAAACGCCAGCACCACACCUGUCCCUGUGUACCCAACCUGCUCUGUUCCAGGUUUCUGGAUGGCAGGUACCGCUGCUCCAUGGACUUGAAGAGCAUCAACUUUUAA